AUGGAAUUAUCGAUCGACGUCGACCCGGAUUAUUAUGAUCUGGGACAUGAAGAUUAUGUAGAUAGCGAUUAUGCAUCGGAAACGACAUCGUUAGCAUCGUUCAUCUAUCGGGGAGUAUUCGAGAAUGGAAGACGGUACCAGACAGUGAAGGAAGGUCAAUCAUGGUGUCCAUCCGACGAGCAACAAUUUGAAAGUUUGGAGGCAGGUCACCUGGUCUGUAUCGUACUGGACUCCAACAGCGACAAUCCACUCUUUCGCUCCCCAGUGAAAGACCCGAAGCAAAUCCUGGACAUAGGAACGGGCCGAGGCAAUUGGGCCAUCGAUGUAUCCGAUAUGUUCCCAGAUGCCACCGUCAGAGGUGUAGACCUCUUCCCCCCGCCAGUAGACUGGCUCCCACCAAACUGCAUCUUGGAAAUUGACGACGUCCUCCAGGAAUGGACAUGGCGUCAACCCUUUGAUCUCAUUCACAUGCGACAGAUGAUAGGCGCCUUCACACCGACUGAAUGGGACGGCUUAUACAAGCAGUGCUAUGACAACCUUACCCCAGGCGGGUGGAUCGAGCAAACAGAAGGUGACCCAAGAGUCCGCUGCUCGGACGAUAGUCUCCCACCGAAUUCCAGCAUCAGACUCUUUACAGACGCAGUCUUUGCAGCCGGGAAGAACUGGAACCAUCCGCUCGACACGCUGGAAACCAUGCGCGGCGCCAUGGAAAAGGCUGGGUUCGUCGAUAUCCACGAGAAGAAGUACCAGUGGCCCAUCGGUCCAUGGCCUCGUGAUCCCACGCUCAAAGAAGCCGGUAGACUGCAUUAUCAUCAGUGGACUUCUGGCAUGGAAGGGUGGGGGAUGUAUCUUCUAACGAAAUGGGGGGUUCCGAUUCCCUGGACGAAGGAGGAGGUGCAGGUCCUUUUGGCGAGGGUUAGGAAAGAGGUUCAGAAUCCGCAUUAUCAUAUCUGGCAGACUGUAACGAAGGUUUGGGGGAGGAAGCCUACUGCCGCGGAGGUGGCCGUGAAGGGGGCCGCGAGCGGGAAAGAGAUGCGUGUUAUUGUUAAGGAGGAGGCU